AUGAAUAGCAAAGUGAAGACAGUGGUAAGUUGUAUCUUAGCUGCCUUUUGAUGAGUCAAACACCUCUAAAGGCUCAAGUGCAAAAAGAAAAGAACUAGAAUCAGAAAAAUUACAUCAUUACAUCCUGGUUUUCAACAAUCCCUUUGAUAUGGAAAGCAAAAAUUACAAAUGCGAGCUUUUCGACCAAGAUGUGCCAGCAGGAUCAGCAGAGAAAAAAUUUAGACGUUAUUUCAUCAUCAGUGAAAAUGACCCUAUUUACCAAGAAGGCUUAGGAAGAAUCCGAGGCUAUUUUUCAACAAAUCCAACAAUCCAAAUGAAGAUAAUCAUACAAGAAGUAUUAACUACAAUGCUAAAAAUAUUUCAAGAGCAUUUACAGCUCAAUGCAAGUGUGACAGUGUCAGUUUUGGGGGACAAAUUAUUUUAUAAGCUAUCAAGCAGUGAACAUAAUUUAAAAGUCCAAGCAGAUCUAGUUGAUUACCAACUGCAAUUUCAAUCUGAUCCAAAUGACACAUUGGAAUUCCAAAAAGUAGCUCCUUAUGGCCCAUAUGAAAGGGACGUUGAAAAUAAAGGAGAUGCCAAAGGUAAAAAAUAUUUAGAGUAUAUAUAUCAGCGAUAUGAUCAGUUUGGAAAUGAAUUUACAGAUGGGAGCAUUUUUAAGUACAAAGACAAAGCUAGACUUGUAUAUAGCAUGAUUACUAGCGUAGUCGAUCUUGGAGAGCUCACCGCUAAAGAGAUAUUAGAAUCACAAUUCCCUCAGCAUGAUAAAGCGAUAUUAAGGUAUCUAGAUAAAGAAUGGGUAACUUUUAGACAUUUCUGGAGGGCUCAAAAAAUAACUAAAGUCAAAGAUUAUUUUGGGGAGAAAAUAGCUAUGUAUUUUGCAUGGCUUGAAACCUAUACAGCGUGGCUUGUUAUCCCUUCUGUUAUCGGAAGUAUUUUUGGUAUCAUCAUUUAUUCAGCUGAUAAUCCUGAAAGCACAGCGAUGAAUGGAGCUGAAGUUGCUUUUAUGCUAUAUGCAUGGAUGCUGAGCAUUGGAAGCACUUUCAUGGACCAAAUCUGGGUAAGAAGAGAGAAAACAUUAGCUUGGGAAUGGGGUGUUUCAGAGUUCGAGGUCCAUGAAGAGCAGAGACCGGAAUAUAAAGGCGUAUACCAAAAAGAUCCAAUAAGUGGGAAAAUGAAAAAAAUAAAUGAAAAUGAAAAGCAUGUUUGUGUUAAAAAUAUGCUUAUUCCAUUCCGUUAAAGAAUAUGAUAUAAAAAUCCCAUUUUUUGAAAAUAUUAACCCUUUCCAUAAUCGAACAAAUAUUUUUUUUGGUAUCAUCAAUUUUUAUAUAUAAUAAAUAAUCACAAAUUUAUUAAAUCCAUGUCCUUUUAUAUAUUUAAAGAUUAAUUUAUAUGCUAUAAUAAAAACCUUUGUUCGGCCUGGUAAGUUAGCAUUACCAUGAUAGCAUUUUUUGUUUCUCUUGUUAUUGCCUCAUUGAUUGCAAUUUUUAUAUAUCGAUCAUAUAACAAUAUAGAUUCCUGGGGUCCAAGAGUGGCUGGAUUAUUCAAUGCAAUCCAAAUCAAGAUUUUAAACAUUUUAUAUAGCAGUUGCCCGAUGAUGGCGCUCAAUGCGCCAUCAUCGGGCAACACCAAACAAGGGUCCCACACGUGAAAUAGGCUCCACGUGUCGAGCCCUUUUUGGCUCGUGGAAAUAAGGAUUCUCCACGUGUUAAAAAGGGUCCACACGUGGAAUCCAUUUCCACUGUGAACCCUUGUCUGGUGUUGCCCGAUGAUGGCGCAUUGAGCGCCAUCAUCGGGCAACUGCUAUAUCAAAAAAUAUCAGCUCAGCUGACUGAUUGGGAAAAUUAUGAAAGCGACUCAGAAUAUUUAAAUGCUUUGACUGUCAAGUUUUUUUCUUUUCAAUUUGUCAACUCUUAUUCCUCUCUAUUUUAUAUAGCAUUUUUCAAAGGCAGAUAUGAAGGCUGUGAUAAUAACGAUUGUAUGUCAGAGCUGGGAUUGCAAUUAGGGGUGAUUUUUAUUAUUAGCUUGCUAUUGAACCUGAUAGAAAUGGGAUAUCCAAUUGUAGAAAAAUAUAUCAAACUUUAUAAAGAAAAUAAAAGACUUAAAGAAAUGUCAGCUCAUAUAGAGUUGGCAAUUGAAGAAUAUGAGUAUAACCUAACUCACUAUUUAUAAAAAGCAGAGUUAAAUAAACAUAUAAUUAUUGAAUAAAAUUAUGUAAAUUGUGAAAAAUCUUAAUUUUUUUUGUUGAUUAGUUAGAGUAAGUGAAUAUGAGACUCCGCUGGAGGAUUACAUGGAAGUCAUUAUUGGCUAUGGAUAUGUCGUUCUUUUUGGGAUUUCUUUCCCAUUCAGUCCAUUAUUAACACUAUUGUUAUGUAUAAUAGAACUCAGAGUUGACGCCUGAAAAUUAAUCAAAGUUUCAAGAAGGCCUUUCCCUCACAUAGACAACUCUAUUGGUGUAUGAAUGGUAAUAAUUCAAAUCAUCUCUUUCAUCGGAGCAGGCACAAAUGCAGGCUUAAUAGUUUUCACAAGAGAUGUUUUUCACUUUGAUUCCACAACUGAUCAAUGGAUUUGCUUCAUUAUCAUGGAGCAUAUCCUUUUCCUUCUAAAAAUGAUAUAUCAUUUAUAAUUACUCUGACCUUAUCCCUUUAUAAUUAUUUGCAAAUAAAAAUAUUUUUUAUUAUUUCGGGCAGGCAUACUUUCAGUAUUCAUACCUGAUGUCCCAGCCAUUGUACGUAAAGGCUUGCAAUGGAGCAACAGAGUCCGCUGUGAAAAACUUUGGGGUAAGCUUUCAGAUGUUGACAAAGAAAGAGAAGCUAGAAACUUGGUCUUCGAGCCAGAUAAAGACAAAAGCCACUCGGUUUUGUUUGAAAUCAUAAACAAAAGAGACUUUAACGAAGAAAGUGAUUAA